UUUAACAAAUAUAAAAUACAAUUGAAAUUAUAUAUCUGAGAAACGGACAUGUCUAAGAAACGGAAAACUAGUCAGCACAAAAAUAACGGAUCCAUGUUCAGCCGCACAACAUUGUAAAACUCCACUUCGGCAAGUCCACAUCAGCCCGUCUUCUCUGCAGGAAAUGCAUCCAAGUGAAAUGUACCGCCUCCCUGCUCUAUAUCCUGCUUCGCGUCCAGCAGCAACCUCUUCUCUUGUACCUGUGCCUGUGUCACGUUAUCGACUCCUGACGCGACGAGCCCAAGGGCUGCUUUGUUCCUUACAGCAUUCCUAUGGCGCAGAAUAUGAUGGUGGCGGCUCCGAUGAGAGGGUUUUGCCAGGUAGCGUCCUUGCGGUUGAUGUAUGUGAUAGAGAGCUGGACGCUGAGGCUGGUUGA